ACUGCAUUGCUGGCAGGGCUCGGUGGCCCCGUGUGAAACAAGGGACAACUCUUAACAGUCCCAGUGGGGGUGCGCUAGCUGGGACCUCUGCUGGCCUCAGAGUCCAGUGGAGCGGGUGGGGACGAUUCUUCAUCACCAGUCCCAAAGCCUGCGGACCUAGAAGAGGGACUUUAGUGGUGCAAAGGUUGAGAACUAAAGCGCAGGAGAGGACAGAGGAGCAACUGAAGCCGGGGAAACAAGAAAAAAAAGAAAGGAAGAAAAAGAAAAAGCAGUAGCAGCUGGGGAGAACCCCAUGAGCGGUUAAGAGGGAGGAUUCUAUCAUCGCAGAAAAUCGGGCGAAAGCGCAAAGGUGCUGAACACCAAGCGAAGCCGGCAGGACGAUCUGCAGGGCUGGGUCUAACAGCACCUUGGGUCACGCCUCCUUGGCGAGAAGGCGUCUGGCCUUUGAUUGCUUCCAGGGACUGCAGAACUUCCUGCCCGCCAGAGGAACGGGUCUCGCUGGGGUCGCGUUUGCUCCGGGCUUGAGGCUUGAGACGGAGUUCUUAAGAGUCCCGAGUGUCUGAUCCAGGAAAGGUUGGGGAAACUGUGUCUGUGAGGAGCCCACGCGCCCCACGUGAGGGGUUGAGUGUCGGCGGGAGUCUUCACUCUCCUGGCAUUCCCAUCUUUCAGGGCUCCACCCAACUCCGGGAACCCCCUCACCCGGAGAUGGCUGCACUGAUGCGGGUCAAGGAUUCAUCCCGCUGCCUUCUCCUACUGGCCGCGGUGCUGAUGGUGGAGAGUUCACAGCUAGGCAGCUCGCGGACUAAACUCAACUCCAUCAAGUCCUCUCUAGGAGGGGAGACUCCUGCUCAGGCUGCCAAUCGAUCUGCGGGCAUGAACCAAGGACUGGCUUUCGGCGGCAGUAAGAAGGGCAAAAGCCUGGGGCAGGCCUACCCUUGCAGCAGUGAUAAGGAAUGUGAAGUUGGAAGAUACUGCCACAAUCCCCACCAAGGAUCAUCAGCCUGCAUGGUCUGUCGGAGGAAAAAGAAACGAUGCCACAGAGACGGGAUGUGUUGCCCGGGUACCCGCUGCAAUAAUGGCAUCUGCAUCCCAGUCACCGAGAGCAUCCUGACCCCACACAUCCCAGCUCUGGAUGGUACUCGGCACAGAGAUCGCAACCAUGGCCACUACUCCAGCCAUGACCUGGGAUGGCAGAAUCUAGGAAGGCCACACUCCAAGAUUCCUCACAUAAAAGGACAUGAAGGAGACCCCUGCCUUCGGUCAUCAGACUGCAUUGAUGGGUUUUGUUGUGCUCGCCACUUCUGGACCAAAAUCUGCAAACCAGUGCUCCAUCAGGGGGAAGUCUGUACCAAACAACGCAAGAAGGGUUCACACGGGCUAGAGAUCUUCCAGAGAUGUGACUGUGCAAAGGGCCUGUCCUGCAAAGUGUGGAAAGACGCCACCUACUCUUCCAAAGCCAGACUCCAUGUAUGCCAGAAGAUCUGAUAAACACUGGAAGAGUCAUCACUAGCAGACUGUGAAUUUGUGUAUUUAAUGCAUUAUGGCAUGAUGGAAAACCCGGAUUGAAAUGGGGAAGAUUGAGGAAUGUGGUAAGAAUGAGGAGCAGAAGAGGGCAAGACUGAAUGAAGUAAAGUCAGUGACAACCAAAGCACUACCAGUGUUUCCAUUAUGCGCCUUGUCUAUGUAAAUAAUGUACACAUUUGUGAAAAUGCUAUUAUUAAAAGAAAGCACACCAUGGAAAUUACUGAUGAAUACCAUGUGAUUUUCCAAGAGUUUGUCUUGAGCUGGAGGGGACAUUUCAUUCAGGUUGGCAGUGGUUAUAAAAAUAACUUAAAGCCACAUUGCUACUCAAAGCUACAGUUUAAUAAAUAACUCUCACUCUCCCUUGAUAUAAGAGAAUUUCUAAAACAUAGGGAAAGCUGAAGAACAGGGAAUGAAAAUAUUCACCAUCAUUAAUUGCAUCACAAGAAGCACCUUUGAUUUUUCUCAAAUAAAGGUCAUGGUAGACAAGAGGAAAAGGCAGUCAGUACUUUUCAAAUCACUUUAUGAUACUGGUAUGUCAUUUAGGCAUUAUAAAAGGGCAAACAACCAGUAGUCCUGGCCAAGUGGUUAAGGCAAUGGACUAGAAAAAGGGUAAACAUGACUCUUUAGGCCACUUACUUCCAUUUAUAACCCGAUUUCACCUGAAUUAAUAAAGACAGAUGUAAAACCAAGGCUGAUACUGCAUUGUGAAGGAAUGGCAUUGCCAAUAUGAUGCCUGCUCAAGUCGGAGCCAUUAAUCUUGUCUAGUGCAAUUCGUGCACAGGGCAGAAUUUCCACAGAUUGCAAAACCAUUAAAGAUGUCUACAUGAGUAGAACUGAAAAAUGGAGUGAGCAUUGUUUGACACUUUCCAUACCCUACAUGUGAUACACUGAUAAAUACAUUUAUCCUUGCAUAGAUAGAGACCAGUAGGGUUUUGCAGACACUAGAGAUGUGAGUGGUAUCUGUAGUAAGUGGAGCAUGUCAGGGAAGUAGGUGGAACCUUGUCAUUUGUCCAGGCUUUAAGGUCACAUGUCUGAAGCACAGGCUGGAUCAUCAUUGUCAUCAGAGGCUCCAGAAGCAAAGAUGAAGCUCUCCAUGGGAUUUGCUCUCACACAGGUAAGCUCAGUGCAGCGAAGCUUGCCCUCCCCAGCCUUAAAGUAUUUCAUGGUUUUGAGGCUGUAAAAUAAUUUCAAUAUGAGGGGAUCUUACAAAGUGUGUUCCCUUAGGCCAGGUGAUAUGAGAGGAACUCAUCUCCUCCCUAAGCUUUGGAGUGAUGUUGCCAUCACAAGUUUGUGUACUAACCUCUGGAUGGAGUAUGUCAUUGCCAAAGACAUAGUUCCUAUUUUCUGAAACUAUUGGGAACUGAAAAGUAAUGACAUAUCUCUAAUCUGUAGAAAUUCCCUGAAAUCGUUUCAGUAUUUUCUGAUUAAACACAUUUGUGAAUACUACAUCGGGAGCAUAAAGGAUAAAAAUAAAGAGAAAAAAAAGAAAAAAGAAAGAAAGAAAGAGCUAAACCUGCUAUUGCUUAAGCUCUUAUAGACCACACAUCACUUUUGUGUUUGAUUUACACCCCAUCUGCUAUCUCAAAGUCCAGUCCAACAAGAAUUUCAGCUACUGACACACAUUUUGUCAGGAUGAUGGUGGUUUGUGCUCUGCAUGUGUAUGCUAUAGCAAAACUCAUAAGCUAUUUUGCCCAAGAGCAAACCCUGUGGUUUAAGCUUUGUGAUGUGAAAACGGAACAUUUUGGUCAGAAUUUCCUAUGUAGCAAUGACACCUACCACCUAGUUUUCACAUUAUUCCCCCAUAACCACCCUGUCAAGAGUUAUUAUUUGAAAUAAUUUAUUUACAGGAAAUGUUAAUGAGAUGUAUUUUCUUAUAGAGAUGGUUCUUACAGAAAGCUUUGUAGCAGAAUAUAUUUGCAGCUGUCAACUUUGUA